AUGAGUAGUUUAAUUAAAAGGAUAUUUACUGGAUUUUCUAUGAAUAGUGGUAAUUCUCCGCAAAUUAGUAAAAGUUAUCAUGGUUCUUUAUAUAAGUGUAUUGGAAAGACAUAUCAACUUGUACUUCAAUCCUGCUCUAUGAAUAUUGAAGAUGACAUCAUUAUGAGCGGUGUUAAUCCAGAUGACAAUCAAAAAGAAAAGUAUAUAUUCAAUUUUAAGAAUAUUCAUUACUUUCAUAGUGAUAAACGUGGGGAAUUUAUAAUUAUUAUGAAGUCGGGACAAGAUUUAAUAAAAUUUGUUUUUGAAUUUGAAAAUAUGGACCUGCAUGUACUUUCAUUUUUAUCAUACAAUAUAACAAUAUCUCUUCGUUCUCUUUGUAGUAUAAAAACUCAAAUUCCAAUAGAGUUAUAUGAGCAUAAUGACAUGGUAACUAGAAAAAAAAGAGAUUCAAUUUUGGGUUUCAAUGCUGAAGAGUGGAAACCAUUAAGCCUAAACGCUGUUUGCGAGCUUUUAUCAAGUAAGGAUUUCAAAGACACAAUUUUCUCCAUUAAAGAUUUAUCAGGAAAGGGCGAAGUGUUGUUUGCCAGUAUAAUUGGUGAUAACAUCCUUUUUUUACCCAAAUUAAGCGAGAGAGUGAUUGAAUUUUAUGGGUCUAAUCAGGAUGAAGUAAGAAAAAGAUAUAGAAUUCAUUUCAAAAAACAAUUACGAGAGAAUAAAAGUGGCAAUGACAGCAAAGAUUUCUAUAGUUCUGAGGAGGAAAUUGAUGAAUUUAUUGGUAAGCUUUUAGAAUAUAUUGAUCAAAUAAAUCCGGAGGAAAAAAGACCAAGAAAAAGUAUUUCUGAAAUCAUUAAGAAUGAAGUUUCAGAUUAUGGGGUAAGCUAUAAAAUGGAUUUGGAUGAUAGCUAUGACCCUAUUAAAGAUGAGAUAAUGUGGGAAUAUGGUGACGAUGAAGGUGAAAAUACUGAUUUAAGUGAUGAAGCGGAUAAUGAAAGUUAUUCGACUCCUAGAAGAACUAAAAAAAAUGAUCUUUAUUUGAAUCAUAAAUAUAUGCUAAUAGGGCAUGAAAAUACUUUCAUUGGUAGAGCAAAUAGACGUAAUGGGAAAUCUGAGAUUGCCGUAUUUAAAAAUACAGAAUCAGAAGGAAGUAAUUAUAAUCUUAGCGGAACUCCAGCAAGAAAUGUUUCUGUGAUUAAAGAUGUUGAAUUUGAAAAUCAAAACGUACUUCCUGUGGGAGGUCAACUACACAAUUGUGAAACUCAAAUGUUAUUUUUAUCAGAAACGGAUCCUAAUUACGUUUAUCAAAUGGAUUUGACAAACGAAAAAAUUUUAAGGCGUUGGGAUGCAGACGGACUUCCAAUUUCUUGUCUAGGGUUAUCAAAUAAAGAUUCUCAAUCUACUCCAGUUCCAACAUUUUUGGGCUUAAGCAAUAAUGCAAUAUUUCUAAUGGAUAGUAGGGUUAAAGAGUGUUCUAAUAGAUUUACUUCAAAACUAUAUAGAUCUAAUGUUCUUUUUAAUAGCAUGGCAACUGACAAAGAUGGGCACAUACUAAUUGGUAACGACUUGGGCGAGCUUAGGUUAUAUGAUGGUACAAUGAACAAAGAUGGAGAAUUUAAAAAGGCAAAGACGUUAUUGAAUUCAUUUGGAUCGCCGAUUAUAUCCGUAGAUGUGACUAGAAAUGGCAAUUGGAUUCUCGCUACUACAAAAAAUUGUAUUCACCUAUAUCCAGUAACUGAACAAGAAGAAAGCUCUGAAUAUGAAGGCAGAAAUGGGUUUGUUUCUAGUCUUAAGAAUAAGCCUCCUUCUAGGAAAUUGCGUUUAAAACCAGAAGACUUGUUUCACUACAAAAUUACUGAAGUGAACUUUACGCCUGCUAGGUUCGACCAAUACCAGAAAUCGGAAGGAAUUGUUGGAGAAACUAAAAUUGUCACAAGUGUAGAAAAUUUUGUUAUAGUUUGGGAUUUUGAGGCUGUAAAAAGAGGUAAUCUAUAUUCUUACUCAAUCAAAGAGGUUGAGAGUAGAGUCGAGGACUGCUCAACAUUCUACAAUAAUAGCGAUUCAGUCGUACUAGCUUAUAAAGACGAUCUUACAAUUCACAAACUUAACAGAAAAAAUAAGAGAAAUGUUUACUCAAGGUAA